GGGGGUGGGGGCUAUAAAAUAUAUUAAAAGUUUGUUUACAGAUAAUGAUUAUAUUUAUUGCAUAUUCUACCCUUUAUUCUUUGCUGAAAAAAACGUUUACCAACAAGAUCUUCACUAAACAAAGAAAAUAAUCGUGUUUGUUUACAAAAAUAAAUAAUUUAGUUGUUUAACAACAUAUACUGAUACACGAAAUGAAAAUUUAAAACUAGUUCCAUUCCAACUCAUUAGCAAAAAUAAACAAAUAUAAACGAGAUUUAGUUAAACUCGAAAAAAAUAACCUCCUUCCCUAAUUGGUAUUCCGUAUACAUAGCCUUUAGGAGUACAUAACCUUUAGUAUUGAAUAUUCUACCCUUUAUUCUUUUGCCAAAAAAAAAAAAAACUUGUGCCAACAAAAUCUUCACUUAACAAAGAUAAUAAACGUGUUUGUUUACGUACAUAAAUAAUUUAGUUGUUUAACAACAUAUACUAUUACACAAAAUGAAAUUUUAAACUAGUUCCAACCCAACUUAUUAGCAAAAAUAAACAAAUAUAAACGAGAUUCAGUUAAAUUCGAAAAAAAUAACCCCUUCCCCUAAUUGAUACUCCGUGUACAACACAAUUGCCAAAUAUCCCCAUAAAUCCACGAUUACCAACAACAAGUGCCAAAAAAAUUCCCCCUCAAAAGUAAACUCUAUUAAUAAUCAUAAUAAUUUGUAGAAAUCAAUCUAAAAUUUGAUGGUGAAAAAAUGAGAAAUUUUUGACACCGAAUGUCGGCUCGUGAAAUUCCACCGCGCUUCAGGAGGAGAGAGAAAAUCAAAAUCAACCAAAUUUUGAGGAGAAACUCUACUCUCUCUUUCUCCCCUCAUUUUUCUCUCCUUCUCUUCUUUCACAUUCUUCUUCUUUCUUCCUUCAUCAUCAUUUUCCAUCUUUCUAACCAUUUUUUUUGUACCCCAUUUUCUCUCUCCUCAUCUUCUUCCUCCUGCAUUUUUCUGCCACCGACACCCGCCACCAUCGUUGAUUCUUACCCUCUUUUCCUUUUAUCUCGGAUCCGGUCGUCUGCAUUUUCGAAGAUCCAAUUUGGGUCUUCGUUUUUUUCUUUUUUAGGGUUCCAAGAUCUCUGAUUUUGUUGGGGUUUCCCCGGUUAUUGAUAAUGUGUUUAUAAUUUCUCCUGCAAUUUUGAAAUUCUGGGUGUUUUGGAUCUUUAUUAUUUGGGUAUAGGUUUGUUCUGGGUAAUUUUUGGAUUUUGAUUUGGUGGGUUAUUUUUCUGGGGUUGGUUGAAUUUUUUUGAUAUUGGGUUUUUUUUUUUACUCGGAUCUUUGGUAUUAUAGAUUGAUUAAAUUUGGGCAAAGUGAUUGCAAUUGUAUUAUGCAACAUUGAUUAGGAAAAUUGAAGGUAAUUUUAGGGAAUUGUUGGUUGCAUUGGGUGUUGUGAGGUUGGGAUGAGAGGAAAGGAGGAGGAAUAUGUGUAAGGUUGAGAGGAGUAGUGGUAGUGAGGAGAGAGAAAGCAGGAGAAGAAGGUGGUGGGGGAUUGGGAUUGGUAUGGGGGUUAAAAUUCUAGUUAGUGAUGAGAAGAAGGAGAAAUCCAAGAGUUCUUCGGCCUCAAAUGGCGGUUCGAGGUCGAAGAUGAAGGUAUGGAUGGUUAGAGCUACAUCAUCAGUUUUGUUAUGGACUUGUAUUGUCAAUUUGACUACUUUUGGGGAGGUUUGGGGGCCUAGAGUCUUGAAGGGUUGGCCCUCUUGUUUUACUCAGGAAUCUGCUUAUCUUAAGUUGCCAUCUUCUGUUUCAGUCCCACCUCGCCCUCCCAAAAGAGUUUAUAAGAACAAUGGUUACCUGAUGGUUUCGUGUAAUGGAGGACUUAAUCAAAUGAGAUCAGCAAUAUGUGACAUGGUAGCCAUCGCAAGAUACCUUAAUGUCACUCUUAUUGUUCCCGAGCUGGAUAAAACAUCCUUCUGGGCUGAUCCGAGUGAGUUUCAAGACAUAUUUGAUGUGGAUCAUUUUAUUUCAUCAUUGAGAGAUGAAGUUAGGAUUCUGAAGGAGCUUCCCCCUAGGCUCAAGAAAAGACUAGAGCUGGGAAAAGUUCAUACCAUGGCUCCUGUUAGUUGGUCUGAUAUAUCUUAUUACAACAAUCAGAUACUUCCUUUGAUACAAAAGUACAAGAUUUUGCAUUUAAACAGAACAGAUGCCCGGCUCGCCAAUAAUGGUCAACCGAUAGAAAUUCAAAAGCUUAGAUGCCGGGUUAAUUUCAGUGGUCUGAGAUUUACUCCUCAGAUUGAGGAGCUUGGGAAAAGGGUGGUCAAGCUGCUACGUCAAAAUGGUCCGUUCCUUGUUCUUCAUCUGCGAUAUGAAAUGGACAUGUUAGCCUUUUCUGGCUGCACCCAGGGUUGCAAUACUGAGGAGGUGGAUGAAUUGACCAGAAUGAGAUAUGCUUACCCAUGGUGGAAAGAGAAGAUCAUAAAUUCUGAUUUGAAAAGGAAAGAUGGACUCUGUCCAUUGACGCCAGAGGAAACUACUUUGGCACUGCGAGCUUUGGACAUUGAUCCUAGCUAUCAGAUAUAUAUUGCAGCUGGUGAAAUAUAUGGUGGUGAGAGGAGGAUGGCUAGUCUUGCUGAAUCUUAUCCAAAGCUGGUUAGGAAAGAGACAUUAUUGAAUCCCGCAGACUUGAGAUUUUUUCAAAAUCACUCAUCUCAGAUGGCUGCACUAGAUUAUCUUGUGUCAUUGGAGAGUGAUAUCUUCAUUCCUACUUAUGAUGGAAAUAUGGCAAAAGUUGUCGAGGGACAUCGCAGGUACCUUGGGUACAAAAGGACUAUCUUGUUGGACAGAAGGUUGUUGGUUGAUCUGAUAGACAAGUAUACUGUUGGGUCACUUAGUUGGGAUGAGUUCUCAACUGCUGUAAAGGAAACUCAUGCACAUCGCAGUGGACAACCAACUAAGAGGUUGGUAAUACCUGACAAACCGAAAGAGGAGGACUAUUUCUACUCUAAUCCUCAGGAGUGUCUCGAAUCUGAUGAAUCCUUGAGUAGCAUGUGAUCUAUAAUACCUGGAGAAGAUUCAUAUUCUUCUAUGAUGGCUAUUUGUAGCAAAAUUCAGGUAAAAAAGGAUCUUGAUGCACAUCUUACAGUGCCACGCUUACAUGAAUGGCUUUGUUUUGGCCGCCUUCUCUCUGGGGGUUUAUGGUUGUUGCGUUAACGUACAUAUAUAUAUUGGGGCGGACAAUUUUGAGUUAUAAAAACUGAGGAAUAUGUUGGAGCAGGAGAAGAUGGUGCUGGAGGGAGCAUGAUAUGCUGUUGUAGAUGCGAAUAACUGAAAUUCUUGUAUAGAAACACACCCUGCCAUUACUGGGGUGAAGUUAGAUGCAUCUGUUGUGUACAUGGAGUGACUUGCCACAUAAAUUUGUUUGAUUAAAUUGUUGUGGGAGCUUGAGUUAGAUCUACUACUCACUCAUCCUUCAUAUUUUUGUAUUUCUUAUUUCUUUAGGACUACAUAUCUACUCUACUGAUCUUUUUUAAUGGUACAUUCACAGAAGUUCAUUAAGAUAUUUGAUCGUUGUUAUUCUC